CCGUAUGACUUGAUCAAACGUUUCAUUCCUUUCCAGCCCAUUCGCCAAGUCUGUAGCCACUCCUUCGUCAGAAAGUUGUUGGACCUCAUCGUGAAAGGUAGCAUCAUGACAUCGCGAAUCUUCCUGUUUGGACUGCUGGUCGCUUCCGGCCUUGUCCUGGCCGUGGCAUCCUUCGACAUGACCAAGUCGGUGCUUCCUCUGCUCCAGCCUGGAUCCGCCCGGCAGCAACGGGACGUUAUCCUGUCGGACGCCGACGAGGACUUUGAUUUUUUCCAAUCGCUGAAACCCCGGUCCGAGGGCCAAGGCAAGUCCAACAGCAUCUCGUCCUCGUUGGAAAAGUACGGAUACCGGCAAACGAGCGUCGACGUUAGUCCCGAGGCCGACAAGAUCCGUCGUUUGCUGCUGAAGCUGCAGAUCCGGAGCGAUCAGUUCUUGGACAUUGCCCAGCGGACCGGAUACUCGGCGGUGGAACUGUUGAUCGCUUUCAGCAAGCUGGUGCAAAACUCCAACAAUAAAUUUGUCAUUGGGGCACAGUAAAAAAACCAUCGAAUAAAGGACUUGUAAUUGUUGAUCAA